AUGGCGCUACCUCCAUCUCCAUCGUCAUCAUCUCUUUUCACGAUAACGGAACAUGUUCUUGAAUGUCAGCAUGUCCGGGAAUACCCUAAUGCCACCAAAACUGGCACCGAUUCACCAAAGCUUGUGGUUAAAAGGUAUACGCCGAGAUUGAAUUUGAACACGAAGCCAGGAGACUUGACGAUAAUCGGUGCUCAUGGGUCUGGGUUUCCCAAGGAGGUCUACGAGCCGCUCUGGGAAGAUAUGUAUUUGAAACUAGUCAACCAGGGUAUUCGAGUUAAUUCGAUUUGGAUCGCCGAUGUCGCGAAUCAAGGAGCAAGCGGUGUUAUAAAUGAGGAUAUUCUAGGAAAUGAUCCCUCCUGGUUCGACCACGCGCGAGAUUUACUAUUCAUGGUCAAUCAGUUCAAAGCCGACAUGCCUAGCCCGAUUGUUGGGAUAGGGCAUAGUCUCGGAUCUGUACAGUUAGCCUUGUUGUCACUGCUACAUCCGCGGCUCCUCACAUCUCUCGUUAUGAUCGAACCUGUUCUAGAAAAGAACCCUCGCGCCGCCCAUGCCCUGCGUUUUGUGAAAGUUUCUUUGUCGAGAACGACCGCCUGGACCUCGCGCGAUGAGGCAGAAAAAUACUUCAAGAAAGUCCAUAAAAAAUGGGAUCCCCGAGCGCAUGAUCUGUGGAUGAAAUACGGGCUUCGUGACAUACGCCCGGGAGAACGUACAUCAGAGGCACCUCAGGGGUAUUCGUCCGUCGCAUUAAAACCACAGGUUACCUUAACAACAUCGCUUGAGCAGGAUGUGAUGUUUUACCUACGACCUAACUUCGACGGACAGAAACCGGCAUCCGGCGAUGUAUUGCACCCGGACAUCAUUGGGCCGCCGGACGCAAUUUCUCCAUUCUAUCGGUCUGAGCCGAUUCUGGCAUGGCACCUAAUGAAAAACAUUCGUCCACCAGUGUUGUACCUAUUUGGCGAUAAGAGCCCCUUCUCCGGUCCUCAGAGUCGAGAAGAGAAACUGAAGCGGACAGGGAGGGGGGUUGGCGGGAGUGGAGGGCAUGAAAGGGGGAAGGUGAAGGCGGUUACGGUUCCUGGUUGCGGGCAUCAUUUGCCGUUCGAGAAUACACCUAGGGUCUCUGAUGAGAUUGUUUGGUGGCUGGAAAUUGAGGUGGAGAGGUGGAAAGUGGAAGAGAGGGCAGUUUAUAGUGGACAUUCGGGUGGUGAGAUGACGUCCGGAUUGGAAAACUGGGGCCCACAUUUGGAUGAGGCUUUGCGUAAAGCUAAGGCUAGAAGGAGAUCAAAUUUGUAG